AUGGGGGCGCCUCGGAUCCAGCAGAGAGUGACGCACCCGCCCAGCGGAGAGCCAGAGGACAGGUCACCGUCCUCGCGGGCGGAGGACGCUGAGCGGGAGGAGCGUUCCCCGGAGCUGACCCAGCUGCGUACCGAGCUCGGGCAGAGCAGGGCACAUGUGGCUGAGCUGCAGAGCUCUCUGAGCGAGACUGCGCGCCAGGCCGCCGAGAGACAGGACCAGAUGGAGGCCCGGGUGGCCCAGCUGACGCGGCAGCUGGCGAAGCUGCAGCUCAGUCGGCAGCUGACGGCUCUGGGCGCGGCGGACGGCGGCGGCGGCCGCUCCAGGCGAGCCUCUGCCCUGGGGGCGGCGCUGGACCACCUCACGGCCACAGAGGAGGAGGAGCUGGCCCAGGGUGGGAUGGUGACCUCCACUCCGCGCCGGGUCCAGUCGGAGGCGAGGCUGACCCGGCACCAGGCAGUGAGCGCAGGGGGACAGUCGGACACCCCGGCGCCGGCCCCGCGCCGCUGCCAGUCCGAGGAGGUGAAGGUGCACAGACCGAGCGACGGUCGGCGGCGCGGCGGCGGCGGCCCGCGCAGGGCACACUGCUCGCGGCGGGUGCUCCCCGAGGCGGCUGAGUCGGGGGUGUUCCCGGACUGGCGUCUGGGAGAGACGUCGGACGUCGAGCCGCCGCCCACCGACCGGUCCGAGCCCACCUCCUGCUCUGAGCCGCCGCCGCCGCGCUCAGAGCCGCCGCGGGCGCAGACGCGUCGCCUGCAGGCGCUGGAGCUGGCGCACGCCGAGGCCACGCUGCGCCUGUCUCAGGAGCAGGAGCGCUCAGCUCGACUGGAGCAGCAGACUCAGGAGCUGCGGGCGCGGUGCCGGGAGGCGCGGCGGCCGCCUCCUACCCCGCGGUCUCCAGGCCUGGAGUCGGCGCUGCUGUCCCAGCUGCGGCGCCUGCAGGAGACGGUCGGCCAGGAGCAGGAGCGGCGCGGCCUGCUGGAGCUGGAGCUGGAGCGGCUGAGCGCCGGCAGUGACGCGGCCAGCGCGCGCGUCAGUCGCCAGCUGGAGCGGCUGCUGUCGGAGCUGCGCCACCGCCCGCCGGCCAGCCAGACUGAGCUGCGGCGACUGAUCGAAACGGAGUUCGAGGACGAGUUCGAGGGCGAGGCGCGGCGCCGGGAGCAUCUGGCCGAGGACCUGGCCGACACCCGGCGGCUGCUGACGGAGCAGAUGGUGCGACUCGGCGCCGCCGUCUCCGCUCGCGAUAAGAGGGAGGAGACGUUCGUUCAGCAGUGUGAGCAGAUUCAGCUGCUGUCGGCGCCUUCCACACGGCGCUCCAUUGCGUCCCCGGUCAAUGAGCGCCCGGUGGGGCCCGGCGGCCACCGGUCGGCAGUGCGAGCCGCCGACCUGUCAGUGGAGUCACAGCGCAUCGUGCCGCUGCUGCCGGAGCUGCGGGAACCGGCGCCGCUGCCCGACUUCAAGGCGCUGGCGAGCAGUGUGGUGGCGGUGCGGCCGGCCCCCUGUGCCACCAGCACCCCCGGGGAGUCCGUACGCCAGCCGUCAGCCGAGCUGUCCCGUCGGAUACGACACGAACUGGACCAGAGCAUCCGCCGCCACCUGACCGACGACCAAGAGUGGCACCGUGGCGGCAGCAGGGGCGGAUCGGUGAGCUCGGUGACACCCCGCUCAACCAGCACGGUUCACGCCAAUGACGAGGACGCAGUCAACCGAUCCAGGAAGGACUACCUGGCCACGGUGGUCAAUCUCUACAGCCUCUGAACAGCUGCGAGAAAAACCGACAGCUGUGGUCAAUCUCUACAGCCUCUGAACAGCUGCGAGAAAAACCGACAGCGUUGGUCAAUCUCUACAGCCUCUGAACAGCUGCGAGAAAACCCGACAGCUGUGGUCAAUCUCUACAGCCUCUGAACAGCUGCGAGAAAACCCGACAGCUGUGGUCAAUCUCUACAGCCUCUGAACAGUCGCGAGAAAACCCGACAGCUGUGGUCAAUCUCUACAGCCUCUGAACAAUGGCGAGAAAACCCGACAGCUGUGGUCAAUCUCUACAGCCUCUGAACAAUGGCGAGAAAACCCGACAGCUGUGGUCAAUCUCUACAGCCUCUGAACAGUCGCGAGAAAACCCGACAGCUGUGGUCAAUCUCUACAGCCUCUGAACAGCUGCGAGAAAAACCGACAGCGUUGGUCAAUCUCUACAGCCUCUGAACAGCUGCGAGAAAACCCGACAGCUGUGGUCAAUCUCUACAGCCUCUGAACAGCUGCGAGAAAACCCGACAGCUGUGGUCAAUCUCUACAGCCUCUGAACAGUCGCGAGAAAACCCGACAGCUGUGGUCAAUCUCUACAGCCUCUGAACAAUGGCGAGAAAACCCGACAGCUGUGGUCAAUCUCUACAGCCUCUGAACAAUGGCGAGAAAACCCGACAGCUGUGGUCAAUCUCUACAGCCUCUGAACAAUGGCGAGAAAACCCGACAGCUGUGGUCAAUCUCUACAGCCUCUGAACAGCUGCGAGAAAACCCGACAGCUGUGGUCAAUCUCUACAGCCUCUGAACAAUGGCGAGAAAACCCGACAGCUGUGGUCAAUCUCUACAGCCUCUGAACAAUGGCGAGAAAACCCGACAGCUGUGGUCAAUCUCUACAGCCUCUGAACAGCUGCGAGAAAACCCGACAGCUGUGGUCAAUCUCUACAGCCUCUGAACAGCUGCGAGAAAACCCGACAGCUGUGGUCAAUCUCUACAGCCUCUGAACAAUGGCGAGAAAACCGACAGCUGUGGUCAAUCUCUACAGCCUCUGAACAGCUGCGAGAAAAUCCGACAGCUGUGGUCAAUCUCUACAGCCUCUGAACAGCUGCGAGAAAACCCGACAGCUGUGGUCAAUCUCUACAGCCUCUGAACAGCUGCGAGAAAACCCGACAGCUGUGGUCAAUCUCUACAGCCUCUGAACAGCCUCGAGAAAACCCGACAGCGUUGGCCAAUCUCUACAGCCUCUGAACAGCUGCGAGAAAACCCGACAGCUGUGGUCAAUCUCUACAGCCUCUGAACAGCUGCGAGAAAACCCGACAGCUGUGGUCAAUCUCUACAGCCUCUGAACAGCUGCGAGAAAAACCGACAGCUGUGGUCAAUCUCUACAGCCUCUGAACAGCUGCGAGAAAACCCGACAGCUGUGGUCAAUCUCUACAGCCUCUGAACAGCUGCGAGAAAAACCGACAGCUGUGGUCAAUCUCUACAGUGUACAAUCUGUAAACUGUACAACAUUUACAGUCUACAUACUAAUAUUCUGUAGAUGUUGACAGUAGAACACUACCGAGCAAGAUAAAUACGUGGAGAACAUCUGCAUUAUAUCUGGGGUCUACUGCCUCCAAUAGUUCGAAGAAGGUUACUCGACGAUGACUGGUCAACAGCUACACUCCGCUGCAGCGUACGGCAGUUCUGGGUUAAAGUGGCUGCACAGUACCCAACUUCAAAGACCCUUACGAAGACUAGGUACCAGACCUUCGUGGGAAGACUGCACCCACUACAAUCAUUGUCUACAGUUAGUAGGCAGUGCAACAAGGACUGACUGGUCAGUAGUCACCUUGAUGGUCAUCUGCUGGUAUCCUGUCGUGACCUUUCGGAGUGUGACAUCAGCUACGAAUGAGCUUGCGAUGGCCAAGCCCAUAUUCAUAGUUUGGUUGGAGUUCUGUUAAACCUUUGCCCCGUGUAUUCUCCGAGGGCAGGCCUAGUCAGUUCUAUGUAAUGCGCUUGCGUAUUCUAGUCAUUAUAUGUCUAUUGCCUUAUCAUGUGCCACUUUUCAAACUGGUAUCUGUUUAUGUUGGGUUCUAAGGGAGGCGCAUUUUGCGGUUCGCAUCUCCGUCAGUGUCUGUGGUCACUAAUGCGGUUGGUGACCACGGAAGUCCUACCGAGCUGGGGCCUCAGAUCCUUCAGUAUUUUGAUUUGUGAAUCACUCCUCUGCGCUGUGACUAAGAGCUUGUCAUAACUAGUCACUGCUACCGCUAUCAGGUCACUGUGUAAGCGGUAGUGACAGCGAGUCUUGUCUUGGGGUCGGAAAGGGAAGAGUAGUAACUUAGUAAGUGUGAACCCACCACCCAGUACACCUCCUCGGCGUUAUGACCGCCUACUGGGUCAGCACUGCGUGAUAUUUCCACACCCCACGUGUGUGGUGUAACGUGAUCUCGCUGUGUGCCGCGGGCCUGGACUGGGGUGAAGCGUGCGGGUAUCGUUAUCUGGGACCAAACAGCGUACCUGAGCGGUCCAACUGCCGGCUGGCUACACCGAGCGAUGAGGGGUGCGCAGAUGGCAGCGGCCGACUUGUCAGCACUGUGUGUCGCACUGUGGGUUUCCAAUGUUUGUGCUCUUGUGCUGUCCACGGCACUUGGGCUGGGUUGCACCGGUCGGUAUUGUGUUACAUUUUGUGUUACUCGUAAACGAAGUGCAUUUCGCUCUAGUCAAUUCCGUCCAGAACUAUUUUCAAAACGCACAUGAAUAUUUAUGUGAAUAAUACAUAUAUUUGCAUAUAAAAA